AUGAAGCCAUCGGACAAAAAGAGAUCCGUCCCUAAUGGGGGACUGGGCGGGUUGGUCCUACCACAACUGGGAGCUGGUGGUCGAGAAGUGGCGGAUGUUGCUUCACAACCACCCUCGAAGAAGUCCGAGUCUCGACGACGUCCACCUCCGAUCCGAAUCUUCUGCGGCGGUGACAAUGAUCCAACAUGGCCUGCUCCUGCUUACGGAGGGUCGAGCAUUGGAUUGGGCGGCCUCUGGACUCCCAACACGCCUACCGAUCGCCUCGGGCUGUCGUAUCUGGCGGAACGCGACUUGAGUCCCGGGUCGGCACCAUGGACAUCGCACCAUGAGUCUGCGGCACCUCGCGCACCAUGCUGCUCACUGCCAGAGACACCGAUCAGUCCGCUCAAUUCACCGCCUGUCGAGUUACCUGGGUCACUUCUCCAACCCAGUCAAGGCUUCCCGCAAACAACUCCGAUUUCACCUCCGCCUUCACUUCGGAUUGUGCGCAGAGACACGGAGGACUCAACCGUAAGCUCUGUACCAACGUUGUCCACAUCACUUUCUUCGGAUGUAGACACGAUGGAGACUUUCCGCAACCUAACCACCCCCUUGAGAAAGCACGACCGCACUCCCGACAGCACGAUGCCUGGAUAUGUGAUUGGAAGUCGCGCCGACGAGGGCGAUUCUUCGAUUACCAAACCGCUCUCUGCCAUGUCUAUCGACGAGUUACUAGAUUCUCUACCUGAAUGCAAUCCUUCCGUGGUCACUCAACUCUGGCUACCUGCCGUCCGAGCGCAGUUUCAGAAGAUGAUAGAUCUGCUGAACGACGUGGGCGAGCUCAAGAUCGAGUCUAGUCUGAACCAAAUAGCAUUUCAGAAGGAUCUGAAAAGCUUCUCCGACGAAAUCCGCCUCAUCGCCACGUCUUACCACAAAGUCCUCGAGUCAGCAGAGUCGCUCGUGGAGCGCGAUACAAAAGUCUGUCAUGAGCGUCUUAAAGAGCUGGAGGCACAGGUGGAAGAAGCCUUGAACAAGAUGGAGGCGAAAGACGAGGAGAUUGCGGAACAGGCCAGAACGAAUGCCGAUUUGACGCAUACCAUCCGUGACAUUGUACACAUCCUAGGAUCGUUCAUCCACGACUACGUCUCAAGCUGGGUGGGUUCGAUCAACGAGCCGAGAACCGAACAAGUCCUGGAGAUCAUCUCCGAUUAUGCCCGCUACUCGGACUGCAAGAACGAGUCGAUCCCAUAUGUUCGAGUCCCGAAGUCUACCAUUGCGCAGUACACGAAAGAGGUCCGAGAGUCCCAGGCAGUUGCUAAGGAAUAUCGAGAGCUCUUGCACGAACAGAGUGCAAUGAUCCACGAACACUCUCGCAAUUUGGACGUGUACACGAACAAAUACGAGGUCGCCGUCAGAGUGAUCAAGGAACGCGAGCAUGAGGUAUUGCUUCUCGUGCAAAACACCGACACCCUGACUAGCCGACUGGAGGAAUGUGAAGCUGCACUAGCACAAAGUCAGGAGUCGAUUGCAGAAUUGGAAAGCAGUGCAGGCCGCUACGACGAGCUGCGCGGGAACAUGGAGAGCCUGAAGAUCGCACACACGCUGGAAAUCGGGCAACGCGACGAAGAAAUCGCCAGAUUGCGACAGAUGUUGGGCAGCGCUCGGGAAGAAGUGUUUGCGCGACGAGCAGACGUGAAGAACAUCAUCUCUCAGACCCAAGCCGGCCUUGCCGUGCCGGACAUGCCUUCAGCAGCGACGGCGAGAGCCGGUCCCACCUCCAAAGCCCUGAGAUUCUUUGGCAUGGACCGAGACAAGGAGAGAGGGCGGAGACCUGCAUUGCCUUCAAGCCAGAGCAUGAUUGGCUUCACGUCGUCCCAUCAUGAUGCCACCACCCAGCCCUUGGACACCAGAUACUCGUCAAAGGAGGUCGCACCGGUGAAAAGCAAAUCGUUUCUUCGAAACGUCUCGCCGCUGGGGAGGCGUCGACAGGCGCAGACAACCCCCAACACUCCGGUCGAUAGCUCCGACAGUGGCAGCGGCUCGAUGGCUUCGUUGCCGGUACAUGUAGGCAUCAGCCCGCGGUCUGAUUCCCUAGGCGCCACGCAGCGUCAUGGCGUGCUCGCGUCCCCGAUCAACACGCGUAAAGCUCUUCCACAACCUCCUGCCCGUCCACAGCCACAGUUCGCCUCGGCGGCUAGGCUGGCCGCCAUCACACAGGCUGUCGAGAGCCCAAAUGCCAUGCAGAUCGCUUCGGAUUAUCUAGAGCACAGUAUCCUGGGACAGACCCAGACCGUGGCUCGACGGGUUCUCAGCAAAAUCCCCGAAUUGUCUAUCCACAGUCCAUCCCAGGCAGGAGAUGCUACCGAUGACAGACUGUCGGGCUCGGACAACGACAACGUCGACGACGACGAGGCGGAGAGCGUUGCCAGCAGUGAUCGUGAAGUUUACCGCAAGAGCGUGUGUGCUCUGGACAUGUUGAACGCUUCCACCCUCCCUUGCAGUGAGACCGAGACUGAGACUGAAUUUGAGAGGAUCCUUCGCGGAGUCGGAGUCGGAGUCACGGGCAAGCGAGGCGGAAACGAGCAGCAAGAGCGUGAGUACCGCGGUCAUCAUCAUGACGAAGAAGACGGUUACGUUGAUGGUGAUGAUGACGAACUCCAGACUGGUGUCGCGCGUGUCUUGCAUUUGCGACGCGGAAACCAUGAUCUGAGAGCGCUGAGGGACAGAGAGCAGGAUGGCAGUGGUAGUGAUCGUGACCGUGACCGUGAUCACGAUCGACGGGAGAGAUACAGAUACAGUUUUCUGUCGGAUGCUUCGGGCGAGCGAUCUGAAGGCUCGGAGCCCAAGACUGUUGCGCAGUUGUAUCAUCAGGGAGGACAUCGCCAUAUUUGA